AUGCCUGGUCUGGAGAUUCCGGGUGAAUUCUUGCGUCAUGCCGUUCUUGAUACUGUUGUGCCUCAUGCCCCUGCAUUCGAUAUUGAGAGUGCCCUCAGCUCAGCCCUAGAGGAUGGAGCUGAUGAUCUUCCCUCUGUUCUCUCAUCAAUCCCGCAACGUUCUCUAUUGUUUUUUGAUGAGUUUCUCACCGUUCGCAUAAUCUUAAGACUGUCUGAUUGCUCAGAGACGACCCUUAAACACUACUUGCCUCGACUUGAAAUCAAGCUUGAUGUCUUUGCCGUCGAUCCAGCAGAAUCUGUUGGUGAAAAUCCUACCCCAACCCGAGACAUCAUUUUCUCAGGAAUUGUGAGUGGGGAGGAAGAUCCACUUGUGAUCUUCAAUGAAUUUGAGGGUGAUGAGGGGAGUGGAAACCAUGUCUAUCUAGCUUGGAACAUUGAAACCAUACUGCGGCGCCCCCGUAUUCGAAUCCAACACCCGUCACUUUUAUUCAUUGCCUCUGCCUGUCUAAAUCCAGCUGACUCUUGUCGGCAAGAGGAUUUGGGGGAUGACUAUCUUCCCUCGCUCAUCCCAGCAUCAACAAAUAUGCUGCAAUCACUCUCUGCCGAUAAAUCUUUCAAUAACAAAGAGCCUUUCCUCCCUGCGUCCAGACUAUUGAGGGUUGUACCGACAACGCAUAACGAGGACCCGAUCUAUAAUAUCCAGCAACAACAUGGCCACCCCUUUCGUGUUGUACCUGCCGCGAGUGCAAGAAUUCGAUAUUCUCGGCUGAAUUCUUACACCGGCGUUCCAAUGACGGUCGCCAGUCUCGAUUUUGAGAUCACACCUUAUCUGGCUUGCGAGGUAUUGUUUGAUAAAGCGGAUCUUCACUUAUCUGAAGGAACGAUCGAGUCACUAUCAGACACCCCAGGCCUCACCCUCCCGAUUACUUGUCGUCCACGAGACGACGUGACCCUUAUGUACAAACUCACUCCAGACUAUGGCCCGGAGACUAAUCCAUCAUCUACUGCUCUGGUCAGUACACUGGAUAUAUCCCUGGAAGCAGUCAUUCUUGUUGAUGACGAUUGCAAUCCACGUAUCUCUAUGCAGUGGAGAACCAACGUCGAUUUUUCAGUCGCACUGAACCCGAAUUUUGGGGGGCCUAGCCCAGCGUUGCAAAGGAGCAACCGCCCUACUAGUCUAUCCGUGUCAACUCAGACAGGUGUGACACCCUCCAAUCGAACCUCAUUAAGAGAACGAGCUUAUUCGGUCACUGACGCAGGUGUGACAAUAUCCUUUUCGGGACCUGUUCGUGUGCAAGUCGGUACAGUCUUCUCCUGGGAUGUUUUCAUUGUCAACCGGUCAAAUGUUCCCCGCAAGUUUGCCUUAAUCGCUAUUCCUAAGCGAAAACGUGUGGAUCCGCGAGGACAUGUUGCUCGGCCUUCAUCGUCGUCGAUUACCAGCCGGAAGGAGGAUCAAGUAGCUGAAGCGGUGACUGACGACAACAUUGUGCAUGCGAGACAAAAGAGUGUUGCUGGCCAGGAAGUGGAGCUGAUUAGCUUGAGCACCGAUAUUCGUGUGGGCCCUCUUCUUCCAGGAACAUGUCAUUCGAUUGAACUCAAACUCCUUCCCUUAGCCACAGGCCCGCUUCACCUGGAGGCAGUCCGGCUUAUAGAUGUGAACACGAACGAAACGACAGAUAUUCGAGACCUUCCUGAUAUUUUGGCAGACGAUCAACUGCGCUCUAAUUAA